CCAACAUAUGUCAUCACAACCCAUCACUUCACCAAAAAGGAAUAGAAAAGGAAAAGUACAGCAAAAAUCAUUCAAAACAGUUUGUUUAUUACUCGAUCAAGUGCAAAAUGUCAGUGACAUAUCCUUUCUCUACACCAUAGUUAAAUAAUUAUACAAUGAUAUGCCUGCACUUUUGAUGAUCAUCACCCUUCACAAAUUUAAGUACAAGAUUGUUCAGUUUUCUGCGGCAUAAUCAUAUCCCUUUAUCAAGAUGACUACUUUGAAAUCAUUUGAUUGUUUAAUUCAAAUUCUGGCCCUGUACAUGAUUAUUGUUCCCUUAACAAUCCCCUUCCAGGCCUCAGCCAAUGAGUGUGUUCUUGAUUUCAAUGUGCCAUCAGUUUUGAAUUAUUCAAACUUGAAAGCAGGCAACUGGGAUGGCUUCUUGAAUGACAGUUUUUGUGGGAAACCAUUUGUUCGAUAUAUUUACUCACUGGGACGACUAGCCAAUCAAACCGGACUAAUAUUCUUGAAUGCGACAGAGCAAAAUAACUGCUUGUAUAGUUUCGAGACUGAAGAGAAAGAUGUUUUUAGUUGUGGGAUCGAGAGAUUAACAAGUGGAUUAUAUGGAGAAUGCUCUGAUUAUUCAGUGACAGAUGUUGUCAAUAAGUUAGGAAGUAGAUUGAAAAGUUUCGGUGAAGAUUGCAAGCUUUUGGGAUCUGAUGGUGGAUCAGAUGAGAUGUGUGGCUCUUGUUUGAGGAGGUGGGACGAAAUGAGCACUUCACCUAACAAUAUCAGCAAUGAUGGGAUCAAAGUAGAAGCCGAUAUAUGUAGGUUUGUGCUGUUGGUUUCAUUGACAAGCCAAAGAAUGAAUGAUGCAAAAUGGCUCCAAUCAAUCUAUAACUGCCUUGGAAAUAAGAAUCUUCCUUUAGCUGAUCAAGCAAAAGUUGAAGAGCAUCAUAAGUCCCACAAAGGCCGGGAAGUCCUGAUUGGUGGUGUGGUGGGGAUUACAAUAGUUUUAGCUAUUGCAUUGCUGAUCCUGUGUAGAAAAUCCAAUAAAGGAGAGUGUGCAAAAGGAGUCGAUGCGAGAAUUGACUUGAUCUCUGAAGAAUCCGGCUAUCAUAAGAUUUCUCUUAAAGAAGUAUAUUCAGCCACAGACAAUCUCAGUGCUGAUAACUUCAUUGGCCAGGGCAUAGCAGGGAAGGUAUACAAAGGAAUUCUAUCAGAUGGUCAGCACAUUGCAGUUAAGCACUUAAUAAAUGAUGGCCACAUGGAAACAUUUGUUAGAGAAGUUACUAGCCUAGCGCACGUCAAACAUCCUAACCUUGUAGCACUAUUAGGCCAUUGUGAUGGACAAGACGAGUGUUUUUUGGUUUAUGAGCUGUGUCACAAUGGAAACCUCUCAGAAUGGCUAUUCGGUAAAGAUAAAUUUCUUACUUGGAUCCAAAGACUUGAAAUUGCAAUAGACUGUGCCACAGGGCUCUGGUUUCUCCAUACAUAUCCAGAAGGAUGCAUUGUUCAUCGUGACAUCAAGCCCGCAAAUAUCCUUAUCUGCACCAACUUCCGAGCCAAACUGUCCGACUUCGGGUUAUCUAAAGUUAUCUCCGUUGGCCAUUCCUAUGUUAGCUCAGAAGUGCGAGGAACAUUUGGUUAUGUGGAUCCCGAGUACCAGAAGAACCGCCAUGUUAAUUCUUCAACUGAUGUUUAUAGUUUUGGUAUGGUGCUUCUGCAACUUUUAUCAGGACAGAGGGUUAUCAACAUGGACUUGACAAGACCAAUGCCUUUGAGCAAAAUGGCUAAGAACCUCAGAAAGGGCGGGCAUGUAUCAGAAUUUGCUGAUCCCAAACUAAAUGGGGAAUAUUCAGUCGAGGCUCUUGGACUUGUAUUCACUCUAGCUUUGUCCUGCACUGCGCCUAAGCAACAACGACCAUCCAUGGAACAAGUGAUCGCAUCUCUUGAGAAAGCCCUUCAAAUUUCGAAAAAAUGAAGUGCUCUAAACCUUCAUUUCAAUCUAUUUAGAAGACUACUAUGCUGUAAAAGGGGAUAAAGUUUUGUAAGGACAUACUUUUGUUGGCAGAAUGGGAAAAUUACACGACUGUCUUCUGUACAA